AUGCCAAAAUCAGAAGCUUCAGCCGCAUCAUCACAUUCUAGUGGUGUUUUACAUGGUGGUUGUGAUCAUGACCAUGCUGAUGGACAUGGUCAUAGUCACGGUGGUGAACACCAUGGUCAUUCACAUUCACAUGGACAUAGUCAUGGUGGUGGACACGGACAUAGUCACGGACAUGGUGGAUGUAACCAUGAUCAUGGUGAGGAAGAGGAAGAAGAAUCACAUGAUCAUCACGGACAUAGUCAUGGAGGACAUGGACAUAGUCACGGUCACGGUGGACAUGGACAUAGUCAUGGUGGACAUGGUGAAUGCAAUCAUGAUCAUGAUGAAGAAGAGGAGGAGGAAGAGGAGGAGGAGGAAGAUUAUUCAGAGGAAGUAGAUGAAGAAGAACAGAUUUUAGAUGAAGCAGCAUCACUUUUCACACAAGCAUUGUCAUUGGAUGGUGAAUCGAUUGAAGCUAUCUUGGGACUUGCAUAUAUUGCCGGUCUUAGAAACGAAAACACCGAAUCACAAGAGUUACUCAAUAGAGCAGAGCGUAUCUCACCAGGAGACGAGCGUACCAAAGCACUUAAAGAGGCACUCGCUGAGAAGAUUGAAAGACAAACAAGACAUGAACUACAGAAACAAGAGAAUGCCAACGAAGGUGAUGAUCUAGAGGGUGUAUUACCAGUUGGUCCAGACGUACCAGAUAUGCCAUUCAUCAUUGAGAAAGGAUCAGUUACAAAGAAAUUUAUCGUUACACUUAGAUCUAUUUUCGAUAGAUUCGAUUUAAACAAAGAUAAUUCACUUAGUGUAAAGGAACUGCAAGCAUACUCUCAAUUUGUCAGCAAUCAAACACUAGAUAAGAAUACAAUCAACUUUUUAAUGAAAACAUACGACUCUGACAAGAAAGGUUUGACAUUUACCGGAUUCGUAGAACUCUAUGUCAAUCAAACAAUGACAGAACCAGAAGAAACUAUCAAGGAUUUACAAACAUUGGGAUAUAAUGCAAGACUUGAGAGAAUGGCAUUAUAA